GCGACAUCGCUGCGACAUCGGCGUGACAGCAGCGCCGGGGGGGACGCGCCGGGCCCCGCGCCCGCUGCCACCGCCAGCAUGCAGAUGACCUUCUACUUCUCGGACACAGCAGUGCUGCUCUUUGACUUCUGGAAUGUCCACAGCCCCACAGCCCGUCCCCAGGCGUGGGCAGUGUCGGGCUGUGUCUCCUGCAGGGAUGGCGCUCUCGGUGCUGGUGAUCCUGCUGCUGGCCGUGCUCUACGAGGCCGUGAAGAUGGGCAAGGCCGUGCUGCUGCGGCGGGCGCUGCUGGCCCUGCCCCGCAGCCUCAGCCAGGAGGCGCUGACCGAGCCGCAGGAGGGGGACAGCGACCCCGCGCAGGGCAGGUGGUUUUGGUUCCACGUGGGCCAGACGCUGUUCCACGUGGUGCAGGUGGUGCUGGGCUAUAUGGUCAUGCUGGCUGUCAUGUCCUACAACGCCUGGAUCUUCCUGGGGGCCAUCGCGGGCUCCACCCUGGGCUACUUCAUGGUGUACCCCCUGCUGGGCCGGGGCUAGAGCCCCCCAAGGUGGUGGCACACGUGUCCCACCUCCUGCUCCUUUGUCUGGAAAAGCUGCUGUCACUUCUGCUGGGUCUGUCUCUGUCCCCGUGCUCUGUGGGAUGCAGAACCCAAGGACUUGCUGGGGGCCCUCGGGGCUGGCCCCGCUCUGGGGACAGGGACCCCAUGGCCAGCACUCGCCAUGCUGCCACUGGCCUCGGCUGGUGGCUGUGCCCUGGCUCUCAGGGACCUUUGUCCAGGUGAUGACAGCGGGGGGGUGCUGGCAUUUCCUCCCCCUCCCUGCUUUUCGAGGAGGUUCAUCCUGACUGGAAUGGGAACGAUCCGGUGACUUACUGCGGGAGGGGACAAGCUGGGGACAAGGACCCCUGCCCUCCUGCCCAGAGCUGCCCUGCACCAAGCCCCUCUUCACACAGUGCCUUUGGGGACACUGGGGGGGUCCUGCCACCCCCACCCCGCUCCUGCGCAGCGCUUCAGGGAUGGGGCUGGAGCAGCCCCUGAGCCGCUGGCGUGGCUGUGCCAGGGGGGAAAUGCUGCUCCAGGUGCCUCUUGCUGCUUCCUCAGGACACCCCUUUUAAUAAAAUCAUCUCAGCUCCGCUCCCGCUUUGUGCCACUGCUGGGUGGGCUCAGGGUGUGACACCCCUGGGUCACAGUGGGACCGGGGAUCCCCAGCCCUACCCAGGGAGGCGGUUCAGGAAUAAGGAGAGUCUCCUCUGGCUUUAAAUAAAGCUUUUCCAUUUUAUUAAUUAUUAUAA